AUGUAACAAACUCCCAAACGGAAAUUCCUGUUUUCUUGUUCCGGUUGCUUUGUUUUUUUGAGGCUCGGCGCGCGGUGUACAUGGUGGAGGGGACGGUAGAGGGAAGUCUCAGGAAUAUUUCGGUGUGGCGUUAACAUUACUGGUCAAAAUGUCUAACACCAGAUUCCAGCAUUUUCGGGGCUUUUUAACGGAGCGUUUUACAACCGUUGCUGUGGAGAUAUUUGAAGAAGUUGAAAGUAUUGUGGAGGAGUUCCGCGAGGAAAACAAACGCCUGCAAAACCUCCUGCACAUGGUGCUGAACCCAGAGAUUAAGUUACCCAGGAUAGAUGUUAGUAAAUACACUGUAACCACAGGUGGCAGAGAGCAGCCCCCUCAGCUGAACACUGAUGUGGACCCAGAAAUAUCAGAGCCAUUGCCUAAAAAACCUAAAGAAGAAGAAAUUGAAUGUGACGUAAGUUGGGCACUAGAACCACGAGAAGGUCCGCGGGAAGCCAAUAACUCCAUUACCACAGAUUGUGUUAAAAAUGACCCAGAUGAAGAAAACUUGAACAUGCCGUGCAUCGCUGAGUCAUUCCAGAUUAAAGUGAUGGAGCACAACCCCGACUCCUCAGCCACUCUCUCAGCAAAUGAUGAAGUUGAGGAGUUCUUGGGAGACUCAGAGGUAGCCUCAGAUUGUCAACAGCUAUCCAUAAGUGAAGAAAGCACAAAUGAAGAUCUGGGACCUGAAAAAAAGAAGUCAUCAAAGAAAAAGAAGAAGCUAAAGCGUUCCCUGCAGAGAACCGUGCUAGAAUUUCCAAGGAUGAUGCCCUACAAAACUUUCAUCGCUGCCCCAACUGACUGCCAGUCUUUUCUGGCAAGACUCACUGAAGCCUAUAAGGACAUUCCCGAUGACAAGAAGCCUCUGAUAACCAAGAUGGGCCUCACAGAGGAUGUGGAAUUAGUGGACUGUGCUUUUGGUAAAGUCCCUAAAGGUUGCCCCCUGUCCUACCAGUGCCCUGUGCCAUCAAGUCAGGAUUACAAAACACAUGACGAUGCUCCCCCUCGACCGCUGCUUCCCCUGCCUUAUCACAGACUGGAGCAAAUAUUGAGUCUUCCUACUCUCAGCGCCAGGGAACAGGAGCAUAUAAAUGUCAUGGAGAUCACGUGGGAGGGAGCGCACAGUCUGGAGUACGCCACACGUGAACACAGGGAGUCCAUAGAGGAUUUGCGGAAGCUCCGCUUGACCACCCGUUUCAGGGAGAUCUGCAAACUUAAACCAGGACCAAGUCAUGCGGAGCACCUGAUAUUCAAGAUACAGAAAGGAUUCUCCAGGUGCAAGACAGCACAGAUAGAGGAGGAAAUGAAGACUGAAGCACUUCGGGAAUACUGUCAGUAUUUGUGUGUCAACUGGUCCCCCUGCGGGUUGGUUGUCCACCCGAAUGCUCCGUGGCUGGGGGCGCUGCCUGACGGAUUAGUGUACGACCCUAAUGAGAAACCCUGUUAUGGGCUGGUGCAUGUGAAAUGUACCAGCUUCCGGAGCUUCAUCGACUGCAGUUUCCUGAACUGCAAGGCUGGAGUCUUGAACCUGAAGAAGACCAACUCGUGCUAUUGGCACAUGCAAGGAGAGAUGAUGGUGACAGGCACGUCGUGGUGUGAUCUCCUGGUGUUCUCGGUGGAAGACAUACUGGUUCAGCGCAUCUACCGAGACAAUGCCACCAUCAAGCUCAUGAAGAGAAAGUUAGAUGAUUUCUUUUUCUAUUACUACCUGCCAAGUCUGUUUGACAACAACAGCCAACAUUGAAACAUUGAAGUUUGAGUUUUUGUGGCAUCGUCACACUGCUGUCAUACACUACAUGCUGUUCCCCUCAGGUGCUUGAUUUUGAGUUUUAGCAUAUUGCAAAUUACUUGAAUUCACAAAAUACUUUUUCUGAAGACUUAUUUUCUUCUGGCUUUAUUAAAUAUGAAACGUUCUUAUUAUUACAAGUGUGUUUUGAUUUGCCAUGGAUACAUUUUUGAUCUUUUGUAUUGUCUUUUACUUUGAAAUGGCUUUUGAGCCGCAUCCUCAAUGCAAUUAUAAAUUUAAUUUUAGUUUUUGUUUGCCAUGUUUACCCUUCUUACUACCCACCAAAGGUGCCCUGUUCUGCAUGGCACGGACUGAAGAGAUUAUUUUCAUUAUUGAUGUGCUGAUCAUUUACUUGAUUGUUUGAUUAACCCUUUGGUCUACAAAAUGUCAGAAAAUAGUGAAACAUGUCCACCCAUGAGCCCAAGCUGACAUUUCAGAUUGCUUUUUUUGUUUGAAACUCGGAGAUAUUCAGUUUACUAACAUACGAGAAAACCGGCAAAUAUAAGAAGCUGGAACGAGGGACCAUUUUUUGGCAUUUUCUUUUAAAUAUUACUAAAAUGAUGAAUCAAUUAUCAGAUUUGUUGCUGAACAUUUCUGUAGAUCUGUUAAUUGUUCCAUUAACAUUUUAAUCAUUGUUUGCUAAAGUAUAAGAAGUUCCACAGGUUCAAAGGUUGACACAUUAAAUUUCAGUUGACUACUGAGCAGAAGAAGUGGUAAAUCCGCUGAUUAUAUUACUGUAGUUCUGAAGCAGAGCAUGACUUUAAGCUGAAGAUUUGAAUGUUCAGAAAUAAAAUUCUAACCACAUUAA